AUGUUGUGUGGUGUCCUCGCCCCUGGUUGCAUUACGUUCCUCUGGCAGGCCCACCCACUUCUUUGUAACUUUACUGGUUUCGUCGUCCUUGUGGCCUUUGUUGCUCGCGCUGAGUGUUGCACUUCGAUGCGCACGUUGAUCUGUUCCUUGUGUUCAAACGACACCUGUUCAACGGCCUGUGACAACACUCCUGAUCGUACUCGCCCUGUGCCGACUGCUACCGUAUUUGAUCCCACGGCAGCUGUGCAUGUUGAUCCCUCACUUCUAUCUGAAGCAGUCGAGGACACGACUACAGCGCCCGAUGCGCACAUGGAUGUGAUUAAAGCUUUGGUAGCUGAAGAAGAAUCAAAUGAAACUGCCAGUUGCUAUGGCAGCGCUUUUUGA